GCGCGAGGUGACCGCACAGGCGGAAAAGAGGGAGCGGGGAGCGCGCAUGGAGGAGGCCACACACGGAGGGAUCCGCGCUGCCGCUCCGCUCUGCCCCGUCUCCGCUUCUCCGUGCCCGAUCUGCGCCCGAUCUGCGCGUCCCCGGACCGGCCGACCGGCCCGCGGUGGAACCGCCGCAGCGGGAGCGAGCUGCGCGUCCCAUGUUCAAGUUGGACCCCGUGCAGUCGCGCAAGUGAAAGGAGGCGUUGAGCAGCGCACUCUGUGUAAGAGUGGACCCCUUGUCCUCCAGCCCUCAUACACUGAGGUGGGCUAAGAUGAGUAUAACCAGUGACGAGGUCAACUUCUUGGUUUACAGAUAUCUCCAAGAAUCAGGCUUCUCCCACUCUGCUUUCACCUUUGGCAUCGAGAGCCACAUCAGCCAGUCCAACAUCAACGGGACGCUGGUGCCCCCUGCUGCUCUCAUCUCCAUCCUGCAGAAGGGCCUUCAGUACGUGGAGGCUGAGAUCAGCAUCAAUGAGGAUGGCACCGUUUUUGAUGGCCGGCCGAUAGAGUCCCUGUCGCUCAUCGACGCCGUGAUGCCGGAUGUGGUUCAGACCCGUCAGCAGGCCUUCCGUGAGAAGCUGGCCCAGCAGCAGGCCACAGGUUCGACUGUUCCGCCAGGAGCCCAACAGAACGUGGCCAAGAACGGGGAGGGCACAGUCAACGGAGAGGAGAACGGAAGCCACGCAAUGAACAACCACACCGAGGCCAUGGACGUGGACGGAGAUGUGGAAAUUCCUGCCAGCAAAGCCACGGUGCUGAGGGGACAUGAGUCAGAGGUGUUUAUCUGUGCCUGGAACCCUGUCAGUGACCUGCUGGCCUCAGGCUCGGGUGACUCGACGGCGCGGAUAUGGAACCUCAACGAGAAGUCCAGCAGCGGCUCCACUCAGCUGGUGCUCCGGCAUUGCAUCAGGGAGGGGGGCCAGGAUGUCCCCAGCAACAAGGACGUCACCUCCCUGGACUGGAACAGUGAUGGGACCCUCUUAGCAACAGGAUCAUAUGAUGGGUUUGCAAGAAUAUGGACAAAAGAUGGUAAUCUUGCUGGAACCCUGGGGCAGCACAAAGGCCCUAUAUUUGCGCUCAAGUGGAAUAAGAAGGGAAAUUGCAUACUCAGUGCCGGAGUGGACAAGACCACCAUCAUCUGGGACGCACACACAGGCGAAGCCAAGCAGCAGUUCCCCUUCCACUCAGCGCCUGCUCUGGAUGUGGACUGGCAGAACAACACCACGUUCGCCUCUUGCAGCACGGACAUGUGCAUCCAUGUGUGCCGACUGGGAAGUGACCGGCCGCUCAAGACGUUCCAAGGGCACACGAACGAAGUCAACGCUAUCAAGUGGGACCCAUCUGGCAUGCUGCUAGCCUCCUGCUCUGAUGAUAUGACCCUAAAGAUCUGGAGCAUGAAGCAGGACUCGUGUGUGCAUGACCUACAAGCUCACAGUAAAGAGAUCUAUACCAUCAAGUGGAGCCCAACAGGUCCAGGAACCAGCAACCCAAACUCCAACAUUAUGCUCGCCAGUGCCUCCUUCGACUCAACGGUUCGGCUCUGGGAUGUGGAACGUGGCGUCUGCAUCCACACCCUCACCAGGCACCAGGAGCCUGUCUACAGUGUUGCCUUCAGUCCUGAUGGCAGGUACCUGGCCAGCGGAUCUUUCGAUAAGUGCGUCCACAUCUGGAACACCCUGAGCGGAGACCUCGUCCACAGUUACAGAGGGACAGGCGGCAUCUUCGAGGUGUGCUGGAACAGCAUAGGGGACAAGGUUGGGGCCAGCGCUUCCGAUGGAUCAGUAUGUGUUUUAGAUCUUCGAAAAUAACCACCUGGUGCCGAUUCCGAAGCUGAGAUAUGGGAAGUACAGCAACGUUUCUGUCUUGGCGGUUUUUGUGGCGUCAGAAGUCCUGACUUGGGUGAAACCGCUUGGGGGAGUGGAAGCGAGAAGCUGCGUUUGGCGAAGCAGAUGACAGUUCUCUCUGUGUUCUCGAGGCUCGAGAUCAGCAAUUACCCAAAUUGCGGUGCCAAAAUAAUCAGUCGAAAUUUGAACCCUCGAAACCAAAAGAAAAUUUACGCUCAAAAGAGACGCGAGUGACGGUCGGAGCUUGGAGUUCUGCACCGAGCGAUGUGUCCCCGUCACCAUCGGUACAGAGUGGUCGUCUCUGCACGAGGACUGAAGACAGGGUGAAACACACUUCACUCACACAUGCGGCUGUAUCAAGUCGCACCCCGCCAGCGCACUCCCUCCGAAAAGGUCACACGUAGAGGACGGGGGCCCUUCUUCACCCCUUGAUAAUCUGGAUGUCCUGCUGAGCAAAUCACUGGUGGUCAAGGUGCACUACGGCAAGAGAAAGGCAUCAGUGGAGAGUGUGUUUGUGGGUGGAUUUCUUGCUUUCUUUCUGCACCUCCUGAGAGGAAAUCAUGAGAUAUGGACCGCCUGCUCUCAUACCGUGGGUAGCUUUUUUUUUUUUUCUUUUUUUUUGGAACACCGCAGCGGCAUCCUCAGGUUAUUCUUGUUUUCAGAGGAUGCGCUGUUAACAUGUCUUCUGCUCUUAUUUUUUUACGUUUUUGUUAUGUUUCAAAUCUGUUGUUCGUUUUGUGGGAUCAGUGCAUAUUAAUUUCUUGCCAUUGAAGUCACUGACGGAAACUGCCAACGCUAACUUUUUAAUUUAGGUUUUAAUUCAGCUUUUUGCUCAAAUGAUAAUUAAAAGAAAAAUUCUAUGGACAUAUGCACUGACACAACAUAAGUGGUUUGUGUGUGAUCUCCUUAUGGAUGUAAAUUCCAUGAAUGUAAGGAUUUUUAAAUUAGGUAAAUGCACAUUUAUAUACUGUGUAUAUGUGUUUAUGCAGUACAAGUAUUUGACAUCCUUUGGAGGCUCAGUGGCCUAACUUUCCUUUUUUUCUUUCUCCUGUUGAGGUCUUAAAUACUGAAAAAUGAUUUCUUUGCUUUCAAGGUUCUUAUGGAGUCGCUAAAUUCUGAGCCUUAUUGCUCCCUCCGAUUUAUGUGGUCACCCUCAUGACAGCCACGACCCCCAGAACAGACUGUCGCCAGUGUGAGUGGCAGACUUGAGCCCAGAAACACAGCUUUAAUUUGCAUUUGACAGUAACAGUAACAAACAAUAACACGGGUUCCGGAGGACCCCCGGUCCCUUCUUUUCAUUCAAUCUCAGCUCUUGGUUUUAUAUUAAAGGCAUUUUGUUGCAGUAAUGGACAUUUCCUCAUCUCUCCUGCCGGUGAUAGACACCGAGAAAGGAUGUUAUCCCCCCUGCUUGGGACAGGAGUUGCCCGUCCUAUUAAGGACUUAUUAAAAAGGUCCGGGGCUCAUUAUUGGCUUCCUAGAAAUGGGACUCGCGGUUCUAUUUGCAGUCCCAGGGCUCCUGUCCAGAUAGAUGCAAUCAGAAGGAGAUGGCAGUUCAGACUGUUAAUCUACUCAGUAAUACUGAUUCAAUCACUCUGUUUUAACGGUAAACCUGUGGAUCAAGAAGCCAGCGAGGAAGUCGCGUCACCUGUUACCUGUAAAAACUGUGACGGUGCAUUGGAGGUGAGAUUGCUUUUCUCAGCUGCGAUCCACUAGCGCUCCUCUUACUGCAGUGGUCACGUGGUACUUAUUAUACCGAAAUAUUAAGGCUUAUCCAAGUAUGACCUUCAAUUCCGUCUGUCUACUGUCUGUUCAUAGGGGUUUCGUAAACCCAGGGAAGAGCACUUUGAAAUGCAGUCAUCAGCACACACGGACAUACACUGGGUUUUUUAUCCUUUUUUUCCCCUCGUGUUAAGUCAAUUUUAGACCAGCGUGAAGUGGCCUGUAUCUUUGUCAGUGUGAACGAGGACCACCACAAGGCCUGCUUUGCAGGUGUUACUGUAUGUUGGCCUAUUCUUUGCUCACUACCCAA